AUGGCACCCCAAGGCCCAAUAACUACCCCCCUCACCACCCUCCUCGGAAUCCAACACCCCAUCCUCCUCGCCGGAAUGGCUCGCACCUCAGGCGGGCCCCUCGCAGCCGCCGUCUCCAACGCCGGAGGCCUAGGUUGUAUCGGCGGUCUAGGCUAUACGCCCACGCAAUUGCGCGAGAUCAUCCACUCCCUAAAAGCCAAUCUCCAGUCCCAGACGCUGCCCUUCGGCGUCGACCUCGCGUUGCCGAAGGUCGGCGAGGGGGCGAGGAAGACGAAUCACGAUUAUACGCAUGGCCAGCUCGAUGAGCUGAUUACGGUGACGAUUGAAGAGGGCGCGAGGCUGUUUGUAAGCGCGGUGGGCGUGCCGCCUCCGCAUGUCGUGGAGCGGUUGCACGACGCGGGGAUUCUGGUUAUGAAUAUGGUGGGCCAUCCGAAGCAUGCGAGGAAGGCGCUUGAUGCUGGUGUUGAUAUCGUUUGUGCGCAGGGAGGAGAGGGCGGGGGACAUACGGGGGAUGUGCCGAACUCGAUACUGAUUCCUAGUGUGGUUGACGUGGCGAGGGGUUAUAGGCCUAAGAUGCUGAACGGGCAGACGGCGCUGGUCGUUGCGGCGGGGGGUAUAUACAAUGGGAGGAGCCUGGCGAGUAGUUUGAUGCAGGGCGCGGCAGGGGUUUGGGUUGGGACGAGGUUUGUAGCGAGUACGGAGGCGGGGUGUAGUCAGAUGCACAAGGAGAGUGUUGUUACGGCUGAGUUUGAGGAUACUUUGAGGACUUUGACGGUUAGUGGGAGGCCGUUGAGAGUUAGGAGGAAUGAGUGGACUGAUAAAUGGGAGGAGCAGCCUCAGAAGAUCAAGGAGUUGACUGAGAAAGGUGUUGUUCCUAUUGACUUUGACUUGGAGGCUGGCAAUGAUGUGGAUAUUCCUCAUUUGAUGGGAGUAGUCGCUGGAGUUAUUAAGAAUAUUCAGCCCGCGAAGCAAAUUGUGGACGAAAUGGUUGAAGAAGCUGUUGAUAUGUUAAAGCAGGGCCAAACCUUCUUGGGGGGUGGAAAAAGCAGAUUAUAA